CAUUAUAAAUUAUUUUAAUGCCACCCAUCUCUCUCUCACUCCCAUAAUUUUGUAAAAGUUUAAAAAGUUGUUCUCCGGGGAAGAGUCAUGAAGUGCUUGGAAUAACGCCGCGAGCUCGCAAAUCAGUCAGUGUAUGUAUGCCAUUGGCAUCGGAUCGGAAAUCUUCAAUUAUUUUGUUGAAACGUGUCGAAAAGAGUGAGAGAAAAUAUCUCUCAUACGGUUUAAUUGUACAACUUUGCUACGGAUCUAAACUUAUAUUGAAACUUAUAUAAAUUUAUUUAUUCUUCUCACACGGAAACCCAGUUCUGUAGUUUGUAGAAAAAGCAUGAUAAAUAGUUGCAUAUGGUUCAAAGUGAAAUUACAGUGAUUUUUUCUGAGAUUCAGAAGAAAAAAGUGAAAAUAGAAGUUCCUACGUGUAUCUUUUGCGAUUAUAUUAAGUGUUAAAAUUUCUCCAUUUACCGAUAAAUGUUAUUGUGCAGUAUAAAGUAGCAGAAAAAAUGGCACAAAACAAUGGACUGAUGAACUUUCCCACAAGUGUGAUCUUCAUCCUUCUGAAUGAAUUUGCCGAAAGAGCCACUUUCUAUGGCAUGAAGACCAUUCUUGUUCUCUAUAUGAGAACCAAAUUGGACUACACCGAUGAUAAUUCAACAGAAAUUUUUCACAUUUUCGUCAGCUUGGUGUACUUUUUUCCAGUGUUUGGUGCCAUUAUAGCGGAUAGUUGGCUCGGAAAGUACAAAACGAUAUUUAUUUUAUCAAUAGUGUAUGCUAUUGGUAGUGUCGUUAUAUCCUUGGGAGCAAUACCACCGCUCAAUUUGCCGGUCCGGGAGAUGACAAUUCUGGGAAUGUUACUGAUAGCCAUUGGAACGGGCGGUAUAAAACCGUGUGUAGCAUCAUUUGGUGGAGAUCAAUUCAAAUUACCCGAACAAGCAGCAACUUUGGCUAAAUUCUUCUCACUCUUCUACUUUACGAUCAAUGCUGGAUCUUUCCUAUCAACCCUCCUAACGCCAACUUUGAGGGAAGAUGUUCACUGUUUUGGCCAGUAUGACUGCUAUUCCCUGGCCUUUGGUGUACCUGCCAUCCUAAUGAUCAUUUCCAUUGUGAUUUUCGUUGCGGGAAAAUCUCUCUACAAGAUCACAAAGCCAACGGGGAAUAUGGUAGUUUUAGUGUGGAAAUGCAUCGGAAAUGCCAUUGUGUCGAGAUCAAAGGAGAAGAGGAUCAAUCCUAGAUCCCACUGGUUGGAAUAUUCAGAGCCAAAAUACGGGAAAACACUGGUGAAGGAUGUGAAGAUUUUGCUGAGGAUCCUCGUCCUGUACCUGCCACUGCCAUUCUUCUGGGCCCUAUUCGAUCAACAGAGCUCCCGAUGGACCUUCCAAGCAACAAGGAUGGAUGGCAGGAUUGGUGGUAUCACCAUCAAACCCGAUCAAAUGCAAGUCAUCAAUCCUCUCCUGAUCCUAGCAUUUAUUCCCCUUUUCGAAACUGCAGUCUAUCCGAUUUUGUCCAAGAUUGGCAUCCGAAGACCCCUCCAAAAGCUCACUUUUGGCGGACUUCUGGCAGCUGUUGCCUUUGCCAUUUCUGGAUUUAUCGAACUCAAGCUCGAAGCCAUCUAUCCGGCCCCACCAACAACCGGACAUACUCAAUUGCGCAUUUACAAUCCAAUGCCCUGUCAGUACAAAUUUGAUCUUCCUGAUAAACUCUCAGGGAUAGUAGUUAACCACCAAGACGUCUACUUGAGUGAUCAAAUAAGCCUCCCAGUUAAUCUAACAUCCUGGAAAAUACAAGCCCAACUAAAUGAGGCAGAAGCAUCUCCAAAAUGUCCAUCUUCAGCUAGCCUAAUGGUCACUCCAAUGGAUAAGGAAGUUGUAGGACUGAGUUUAGCAAUGAAGCAGAAUGAAUUGAGUUUUGUGGAAUUUGAAGAUUCCCCGAGUAAAUCAAAAACAGGAUUACCUCUGCUGAGAUUCCUCACAAAUUUCGAGGAUACCCUCCAUCUCAUUAAUCAGGAUUCCUCUGAGGAUAUCAUAAUUGAAAAUAUGAAACGAUUCACAGUGCAUCAUGGUGAAUGGAGUGUUUUUAAAAAUGCUAAUGAAACAAUUGGAACUAUAAGCGUUGGAACAGGAGGUGUUUACAGCUACGCCUUAUCCAAGGAUGAUACGGGAAAUAUUACUAUGAAAGAGCACAUCCUGUCUCCUGCAAAUUCCGUCCACAUGCUCUGGCAGGUACCACAGUACGUGAUAAUGACAGCCGGCGAAGUAAUGUUUUCCGUGACUGGCCUGGAAUUUUCCUACUCCCAAGCUCCAGUUAGCAUGAAAUCCGUCCUGCAGGCUUGUUGGCUCCUGACCGUGGCCAUUGGCAAUGUUAUCGUCGUUGCACUGACGCACUUCAAGAUGUUCGAUUCUCAAGCAGCGGAAUUCUUCGAAUUUGCCGUCCUGAUGGUAAUUGAUAUGGGAAUAUUUGUUCUAGUCGCUAUGCGAUUCAAAUAUGUGGACCAUGCUGAAGAGGUCGCGGAAGAAGACGAAAAAAAUGCGGAAAAUAACAUUGCAAUGGAGCAAAAACCGAAUAAUGGAGCUUUUACCAAUAAAGCCUACAAUGAAGAUUAAGUCUUCCCAGUGAAUCUCAGUAUGAAAAAUCUCAGUGGUUUUAUUGUAUAUAUUUGUAAAUUGCAUUUUUUGCAUUUUGUUUAACUAAUAAAUAAUAAUUAUAAAAGAUUGCAAGAAAAAA